UAUCAUUCAAUCCUUAAACGUCUGAGCAGCUACACGGCAGCAGCAGUGAGCCAAGACCGAAAAACACACAAAAAAUACAGUUUUCCCAUCCAAGAGAAAGUGCGUUCGCCGCCGAACUACGUGAAAGUGUAGUGUGGAUCCGUAAAGGACUAUCGCAAAGAACCCCGAAUCGAAAACCGUGCAAGAACAACAGCAAACAAAAACCACCAAAAUCGAAAAAUGGCAAGCCAUAAAGUUACUUUCGGUGUCUUGUGUCUGGUCGCCCUGAGCGCCGCCCUUCCUGCCGAGGAGACGCGCGGCCACGCCCGCAACGCCAUCGGCGGCGAGAACGACAUUAUGGAUAGCAUCUACAGCGACUGUCUGCGCAAGGACAGUGUGUCGUGCGUGAAGUACAAGCUGUUCAGCUUCGUGGACAAGGUGCUGGGCGCCCGCGACCAGUUCGCCCUGACCGAAGGCGUGACCGUUGUCCGCUCGCCGGGCCCCCAGCAGGAGGCGGCCCGCUCCAUCUCCGGCGACGAGUCGUUCGAGUCCCUGGCCCUGAACCGCAUCAGCAGCUUCCUCAACUCGCACACCAUCAAGGUGGAGCUGAAGGGUGCCGACAUUGUGCAGGCGGUCAGCUCGACGGGCCGUGCUCUGGAGGACGCCUCUGAGUCGCUGUUCGGCUCCAACGAUCCCAACGCCCCCGAGGAGAGCCGCGGCAAGAAGAAGAAGGCCGCCAAAAUUCUGGGCCCCAUCCUGGCCCUGGUCGCCCUGAAGGCCGCCGCCCUGCUGCCCCUGCUGUUGGGCGCCAUCGCCCUGAUCGCCGGCAAGGCCCUGCUGAUUGGUAAGAUCGCUCUCGUCCUCUCCGCCGUGAUCGGCCUGAAGAAGCUGCUGUCGCAGGAGAAGCACGUGACCUACGAGGUGGUGGCCCACCCACACCACAGCAGCAGCCACUCGACGAGCCACGACUCGUAUGGCAGCGGCUACAGCGCCGACGCCGGAGCCUCAUCGGCCUCGUACGGCAGCAGUGGACACGGCGGCUGGGGCCGCUCCAUCGAUGCCCAGGACCUGGCCUACGGUGCCCAGAAGCCCGUGCAGGCUUAAGUCACAGCAUCGACAACGACAUCGACACCGUCACACAAAACUCACUCAAGAAGAAGAAUCAGAAUCGCGAAAACAGACGAAUCGACGGCUUGACGACUCUGGAAGAGGAACACACAUUAUUUAUCGUUCGUUUUAAUUAAUUUAUUAAUUUAAUUUAUCUUAUUUAUUUCUCCAAGCAAUGAAAACGAAAAAGAAUGAACCACAAGCACACGCAUUAUACAUAAUGUUAAACCGGACAGAAACCAGAAUAUCACAACCAUAUAUGUUAGUUGUUAAAACUGAUGAAGCUAAAGUUAAGUUUGUAAAAAGAGCGGCCAGCGAGAGUUACCCCACAAGUUGCAAAUACUCAGCCUUAAGUCUAAGCUCGCACAGCACUGCCCCGAACCAUCAGACACUGCAUCCAUAUCUAAUGCACCCUCAUCUCUCAGUCUCUAUAUCUAUAUCUAAUCUGCAUCUGCAUCUGCAUCUGCAUCUAUUUCUAUCCAUCUCUCUGUAUCUAUCGCUAUAACUGUAUAACUGCCUAUACCAAAACUCUAUCGAUUGCCAUGCAAUCGGAGCAACGUACAAAUCUUAACUCUACAACCUAUAUCUGUACUCUAUACUGUAUACUCUGUUCUUCACAUGCAAAUCUAGUCUUACAAUACAACAACAACACCAGCAA